CUCGCUUACAAUUAAGGGCAAGAUCAGAGCAUGAUUAUGCACCCGCCCAGGCCCGAGAGAGAGAUAGGGGAGGGCCGAGGUCAGGGGCCAGGGCAGCCAAGCAGCCAGUCAGCGCCUCCAGAGAAAGAAACGUAGAGAGGGAGAGCACUGUCCAACGAACAAACAAUUAGCUGAUAGAUAGCCAAAUCCACUCCUUUCCUCCACACACACGCACACACAACACAGGCACGCAGAGCUCCAGAGAGAGAAAGGAGGAAGAAAAUUACAGUGAAAGUACCGGAGCUCCAUAUCCAAGACAGUGUUGCUAGAUUACCAUCUUGCCUAUUUCAGCUGCUGCUGCUUGCUGAUUCCCCACCCUCUUCCUUUUUCCUAUCCCUCUCUCCAUUAUCCGAUCUCAUCUUUUUCAUCUUCUCUUCAAUGGAUCCGUUCGACCUUGUUCGUAAAGGUUUUGGAUAAGCCUGUGGAAACUCUUCCGAUUACUCUUUCGUCAGGUGUCCUUUUUCAUUUUGUAAUAUAGGAGAGUUCUUGUUCCCAUUUAAAAAGAAAUGAGCUUAUCCAAGAAAGUGUCUCAAAGUAACGACACAAGCAUUAACUUCACAAGCAAGGCUACGGCCUUGAAUCCAAAUGCCGUAGAGUUUGUUCCAUUUUCCCUCAGAUCACCUGGAAGUACUUCAAACACAGCUGAUGCAGCUCCAAGGUUUGCCGCUUCUGCCACAGUUGGGAAAGCAGCUCUCAAUCGUUCAGAGUCAUCUGUAUCUAAUGCCUCUGAUGAAGAAGCUCAUCGGUUCUGGUGCCACCAGCUACCUGAUGAUAUCACUCCUGACUUCAAGGUGAUGGGCGAAGAUGAUUCUCAAGGAUACGAUGUCAUUUCUUUGGCAGGCUUGUCUUUGAACGAUGGUACUGAAGCCUCAAGGUUCUCUGCUUCUGUCAGCAAUGGGUAUGUAUUUAAUGGACAGCAACAACCGUCUCCUCGCCAUCAGCAUGGUAGCAUCUUUGGUGACAAGAUGAAGUUUCCUGCUUCUUAUGUUGAAGAUAUGGCAGCUGGCAGUCUUUUGAAUAUUUCCGCGAAGCCAUGGGACAAACAAGUUAUGAACACUGAUCACCUUCUUGGCAACGGGAGGGAGAUAACUCCUCACAGUGACAAUUCUAGACAUGGAUUCAUGAAUGACAUGUUAAAUGAACAGGCUAUGAUGGAUGGGACAGAAACGAAUCCCUUGGAGUUUCUAUCUUCUCAGUUCGCUGGAUUUGCUGCAGAAAGCCUUGCAGAAGUUUAUUUCGCGAAUGGGUGCGACUUAAAUCUCACAAUCGAGAUGCUCACUCAGCUAGAGGUCGACUCUUUUAUCUAAUUCUAUUUGCUUGGGAUAAUUAUUUUUGUAGCUGUAUCUGGUUGCUAAUCUCUGGUGUAACUUUCAAACUAUUAUCUUACGUAAAUCAUGUAAUCUCGAAUUGUUCAUUUGUUUCCUAACUACUAAUAUGGAUGUCAGCUCAAAGCUAGAACUGCAGCAUACGAUAAUCAUAACUGGAAAUAGCUGCUAAAAGAUAUUAAGUAGGAUGUAUACGUGAAUGGAAGGCUUGAUGACGUUUCCUAGUGUCAUCUCUAGUGAUUGUGAAUAUACCAACUUCUUUCUUUCCUGAUAUACGUGUCAUGUAUGCUUUUUUCCUCAUAAAAUUCCAAACAAUUGACACAAAAUUAAGUUCCAUACUAAUUAGUUCUUACAUAGCAAAUUGAUUUUGGAUUUGAGAGCAUAUAGAGCAUUACCUCUUUACAUCUUACGCAUUUUUCUCCCAGUUAGUCGGCCUCCUAACUUCUGGAAUUUUUCACGUGGCUGUUUUUGUCUGACUUUGUCAUGAUGAGGGCUGUGUAGAUCCAGUUGUAAAGGUAUUGCACACAACACUAGUAAUGGUCACGUUCAUUGACAUUUUAGACAAAAGCAAUGGAUGAUUGCAAUAAAUUUCAGGCUUUGCAAUGUGUCUUACACCUUGGGAAGUGAAAUCUGGAUGCUGUAUGGGCUCUGGGGCAAUCAGCUUGAUGCGAGUACUUUUUACUGCAUUUUUCUAAAAAGCUUAUUAGGGAUAUCAGCUGUUUUGUUUUGCUGUAUGUGAGGAAUUGGUGCUAUAUCUAUAACCUUCAACAUGAAAAUGUUGGCCAUCAUAUUACUAGUAGGUGUGGUAACGUUUGCUUUGGAAAUGAACAUUUGAUGGAUACACGAGGUAUGGAUGAUCUGUUUCUGAAUUGCAGCUUCAGGUAGAUGGUUUCACCCAGAGUAUGAACUCAAAGGCUUUGUCAGCUCCAAAUCUCACCGCAAUGGACUUCCCUGCUCUUUCUAUGCAAGAGAGUCAGAAUGGCUCAUCAAAGUAUGCUAGAGAGGAUAUUCAGCAAAGUUUGAAUUCAUCAUAUCAAUCUCCUGAGAAAGAGAACAUGCUCAUGUUCAAGUCUGGUGCAUCUUUCCCGUCCAGAGGUGCAACUGAUUUUGCUUCUGCUGUUAGGAAAAUGGCCCUUCAAGAUUCUAAUGUUUGGAAAUAUGAAAGAAAUGGUUCUGCUGAUUCUUCCACAGUGGGUUCAAGCAGAAGUUCGAAUGUUUUGGCUAGUGCAUAUAGUAGUGCCCAAGGGAGAGGCAUGUAUACGGAUAGGUUACAGAAUCAUACUUCUUCUCGAGCCUCUCCUGUCUGGCUUGAAACUGGAGAAGCAGUUGCAAAUUUGUAUUCUGAGAUGCGGGAAGAAGCACGUGAUCAUGCACGGUUGAGGAAUGCCUACUUUGAACAGGCACGCCAAGCAUAUCUAAUAGGAAAUAAAGCUUUGGCAAAGGAGCUGAGUGUCAAAGGGCAGCUGCACAAUGUCCAGAUGAAGACAGCCCAUGGGAAAGCACAGGAUUCAAUUUACCGACAGAGGAACCAAGGUGCCCUGGAGACACUGGGAAAUGGCAGAGUUGGACAUGAGCGGAUGAUAGACCUCCAUGGUCUGCAUGUAAGUGAAGCCAUUCACGUGCUGAGGCACGAGUUUGGUGUUUUGAGGAGCACUGCCAGACCUGCAGAUCAGCGGUUGCAGGUUUAUAUAUGCGUUGGAACAGGGCAUCAUACCAGAGGCGCUCGAACCCCUGCACGACUUCCGAUUGCUGUACAGCGGUAUCUGCUUGAAGAGGAGGGCCUCGACUACUCCGAACCCCAGCCGGGGCUCCUCAGGGUAGUGAUGUACUGAUGAGCUGGAAACAGACAUGACAUGUUUGAGGUAUAGGAGUUUUUUUUUUGACACCACAUAUGCAAGAUCCAUGCUAGUCAUAGUCUUUGUCAAUCUUUAGUCAUUCUUGUAUCUGUACAUGGGAAGAGAAACGGAAGUGAAUGUAGAUGAUGAAAUCCAGAAAAUAAGAAAAAGGAAAGAAAAGAAAAGGAGAAGCAAACAAGUCACAGACCAGUUGUAAGGUUAGGAAGGACGGUGAGAACUGAAAAAAGAUGAUAGGAGAAGUGUAUGAUUAACUGUUUGAUGACAGCAGUACAUUUUGGGUAGCCAAUCAGGGGCGGAUGAUUUGACAUCGGCCAAUCAAGACCCUUUUUGCAGCCUGUCCUGCAUUUUGUUAAUUUUGUAGCCUAAUCUUUAUUGUUUUGUACUUUUGUUUAUACUGUCUUUUGUAUGCUUCAUUUCUCGGGGAAAACGGUCAAAGAACCUUGCACUUUGUAUAAAAUAGUAACAAAACUUUGAUUUUGUACAUUUCAAUAAAACAUGUUUGGGC